AUUUGAAGCAUACCAGACACGGUGCCUCUAUAGGUGAGUGAGCUCACUGCUCUUGUCAAGAAACGUUCUGGCGAACGUUGAAAUUUUUUGGCCCGCCCGCUCCACCCUGUGCCCAUGUGCAUGCAGGACCGACCUGCGCAUGCGCUGGCCGACGCCGCGGAAAGAGUGGGGGAGGAGCGCUCUGCGCCACCUCUCCCUAUCAGACAAAGGAGGCUCUAUAUCGAAAAUAUGAGGAGACAGAAACGCUGCUCCCCAACGUGGAUGCAACGCAUGGAAACGGCGACAGAGGAUAUUUCUAGGCUAUAUGAAAGCACAAGAGCCCGGAAUUGCCUCAAGAUCCAACAGGAAGCGCCGGACCACUUGAGGGCAUUACUGUGCACAGAACGGACGAGAAACGUCCUGGCGAUACAGCAUCUGGCUGAUAUGAUACAGCACCCCGAUAGACUACUGCCGAGAAGAGUACUCCAUGGGUUCAACUCUAUCGGGAAUGGCGAUGGCGCUGGCCUAUGGAAAGCAGAGCAUAGACCACCGCUCGAGGAGCACGAGUUAGAGGAGUUUUACAGUAUGGCUGUGCGACUCAGGCGCGGAGAGCCGAAGUUCGACGACGGCCUACUCCUGGCUAUCUUUGAAACGAUAGAAGAGGACACAAAGGAGGGACGAUAUAAGGAAAUAUCUUUCGAGGGCCUCAAAUGUAUGCCGGCGAUGGCCUUCCCGAAGGACGAAACCACGCCGGAGAGAUUCAAAGUCCGGACCCUGAUCGACAGGCGUGCGAAGAAUAAAUACUGCAGGACCACUGAAAAACUGGAGCUACAUGGAUCGAGGCAGAUAGCAGACCUACUCGGAAUGUGCGUCAUGCCACUCGGCCGGGAAGAGGACUGCCGUGCGUCCCCUCUGGGGCAACUGAAGAAGGAGGCCACGAGUGAGAUCGUGAAGACCUUGGAGGAAACGAGGAAGAGGCUAGCUGAGCUGAAGCCGCUACCAGGCACGCUCGACAGCUAUGCUGAAUGCCUCUCGCAGCGUGUGAAGGCGGCGAGCGAGCCGGUGACUCUAGAGCCAACGCCGGAAGGUGAGGGAUAUGCGCGCGACCCACCGGAAAUGGCGUCAGAUGACAUCUCCAACGCAUACUACCUUUGUGGAAUUGAUGGCCCGACCUCGAGCCCAUUCACGGGCUACGACCCGCGGGUGGAGGGCUUCAGAUUCUGGAUUUCGUAUACAUUGGACAUGGGGGCAGAAGCAGAACCUUCCGUCCUGGCUUUUUGUAGAAUAGCGGAACCCUUGAUGGCGGUAGCGGCACACUUUGGCCGACCGCUACUGGCCUACAUCGACGACCAGAACUACGCUGCGGUGAACACGGACCAAAUACGCGUAGCCAAACGCUUUGCGCACCAAUUGGCCUUGACGCUGGGACUAGAAUUAUCUGACAAGCCGAAGGCCGGCCAGUCGUCGGCAAAGACUGACCGCGUCCGCGCGUUGGGGUUGAUAUACAGCUAUGGGACAGCCAUGCUGACGGGGUGCGUGACACUCUGGGCCCCCCUGCCACCGGAAUACAUAGAGAAGACAGCGCAGGCACUGGGCGCCAUCCUACACGCGCUGCGAAGUAAGGCACUACCGCACAAGCUCACCCAGAAGGGCAUAGGGUUGUGUACAUUCGCGACACAACACGUGCGGCAGAAGAUGGGCACGGAAGCGCUGAGGCCGCUAUAUAAGUGGUUAGGCGAAGUGAUGUUUGAAGCACUCAUACGCAAAAAACUCGAGCGCCGUGCGCUAAAAGAAAAGUAUUACCAUCGUCCGUGCCGUCAUCCCGAAGCUACCGGCCAUGGGCUAUGGGAGAGGGUGCACGGCCCUGCUUCAGGCAGCACUGGGAUGGACAGACGCGCCCACUGAUGGGGGCCGAGACAACAUGCCUUGUAUCGGAGGGCUCAUAGUCAUGCCAGACGGGAGGCGGAGCGGAUUCGUGUUGGAUAUCCAACAAGACGAAAUACCGAAACAGCUCCUGGGAGUAGAGCCGCGGAUCGAGGUACUGGAGGCCCUCGCAAAAUACAUUGCUGCGCGUCUAUGGGCACGCGAGAGCCUUUUUUAUCGACUUCGCUGUUGACAAUAUAACCCACCUCUACGCCGCGGUGAAAAUGGCGGCAAGGUCUGGGCUUUUGAUGAACGUCGUAUCAAGUACGGCCCUCCUAUGCUGCGAUAGACGUGCGCAGGCAUAUUACAAACACGAAAGUACGAGACUCAACAUCGCGGACGCGUUCUCUCGCCGUGAAUUUGAACAAUUCGCAAAAACGUUAGUCCAUGACUGGGUAGAUGGCAUCCCAUCGGAAUGGUGGAGAGAUGCUCUGGAAGCAAACUGCUACACAACAGCAGGCAGCUGAGACAUCAGUCGCUUUGAAGAUAUUUGUGCUGAAGCGCUCUCAUGUGGCGCACACAUAGUCUGCCGGAGGCUAUGCGAUUUUCGCAAAGGCCCAAACCGCGGUGACGUGUCAGCGCGACGCAGCUACCUGCGCUGUAUGUGAGCCCUACUCGUUUGCCUUUUUUGCACAUGUUGAUGCUGCUUUGCCCUCGCGCUCGCAUUGAGCGCCCGCCUGAUAGGGCUGCGGUAGUGGGGAAGGGGUGGCGCUCGGGGGACACCACUGGCGCGAGCGUAUGCCAAGUGCGGUGGGGGCCUGCGAAGCCUGUAUGUGUCUGAGGGGCUGGGACUUGCGGGCGCUGAGACCCAGCAAACUUUUGAGGUAGACCGCCAGGGUGUCGGACUCUUUAAAACGACUGAAAAUCUAAAACGAACGCGAAACGAAGAACACGCUAUCCGCUCUGUUGUGGAUUUGUCUCGUGUUGUUGCGCCGUUGAUCCCACACGUGGUCGGACUUGCUGAGCUUCAUCGUUUUCAUGCUCGCGAAGAUGUCGACUCUGGCGAUAUCAUGCCAGCCAGGAGCGGCAAUCUCGGCCCAGUCAUCAUAUAAGUCAAGCCUCGUUCCGCAUGUCCAUAAAAGUGCCAAGAACUUCCCACACAGUCACAAUUUUGCACGUUCGUUCUCACAUUUUCAUUUCGACAUUUGCUCUCUCUGACAAUUUGUUUUGUCAGCCUCUUCGAUCGGUUUGACCAAUGGCCUUCGUUUUUAUCAUGGGUCACAUGUUGACAUAUAAGGGUGCUUUUUGCUUGAGCUAGAGCGUCACUGUUCAAGUCCGUCCCUGAGUUGGGAUUUGUGCCCCAGUGCGCUGCACUCGGUGGGUUUGCGAGUCUUGCACCAUCGUGCUUCACC